AUGUCUACCUUAACAAGAAAUUCGUCUAAUCCACCACCAUACUUCUACAACUUAAGUCCACAACAACAAAAGAAUUGGAUGAAAACUACUCGUCGAAUGGAAAAAAACGAACAACUACGAGCCGAAUAUCCACCUUUUCAAUCACCAUCAAAUUUUACAAUUCUUCAUCUUCAUCAAUAUUCAUCAAUCGAAACAGUAGAAGAAUUAAUAAUGAAGGCAAGAACAACACAUAAAUAUACGAUCGACACAGAAUCACAAGUGAUAAACAAGGUAGCAAAAUGUGCUCUCGUGCAAAUUCAACUUAUUCAUUCAAUUCACAAGUCAACAUUAAUAUUAAUUGAAAUGUUUUAUUUACCAAAUCAAAAUUCAUUGUUAUUCAAGAAAAUCAAGGAACUAUGUUCAAUUAUAUUUCGUGAUGAAAAUACAAAAAUUACCUGGGGACCAUUCGACAAUGAAUUUAAAAAUUUUCAUUCAUAUGGAUUAUUUGAAAAAGAUAAUAGUAUUGAUUUAAAUGAUUGUGGAAAUGAUAACGAAGAUCGUCGUUUAACAAUACUUGGUUUAUUUGUCUGUGAUGAUCUUUCAUUUGUAUAUAGUGAACAAUUAGCAAUUAAAUAUAAUGCAUCAAUUGAUGAAGUUUAUCAUUCAUAUCUGGAAUAUUUAUAA